UAUCGAGAUGAAUACCCUGACUUGGAAGAGUUUGAAGUGUGGGUUUUCCUAAACAUCAUUUCACACUUUUGAUUGGUUUGUUGUCCAGAGAGAAAGAGAGAUCGGUGAUCAAAACUGAGAGCAAAUGUCGGGGUGCGGUCCUUCCCGUCGUCAAUUCAAAUACGAUGUCUUCCUCAGUUUCCGAGGUGCAGACACCCGUAAAAACAUCGUUAGCCAUUUGCACAAAGAACUUGUCAGACAAGGAAUACGAACUUUCAAAGACGAUGAAACGCUGGAACCCGGAGACCGCUUUCCCGAAAGACUCCGUGAAGCCAUCAACACAUCGAGGUUUGCCAUUGUGGUUAUCUCAAAGAACUACGCUACUUCAAAAUGGUGUUUGGAAGAGCUUCGAAUGAUAAUGAAGCUUGAAUCGGAGAAAAAGGUUGAUGCCUUUCCCAUUUUCUACGACGUGGAUAUCUCUGAUGUUAGAAAUUAUAAAAGAAGUUUCUCUUUAAUAUGCCACAACCAAAGUCCCAGGAUUCCCAGCUGGAAAGACGCCCUUCAGAAAAUCGCAAACACACAAGCCAAUGAGUCAAGAAAAUUCAAAGACGACGCCACGAUGGUUGAGGAAGUUGUUGAACUUGUUUCAGACAAGUUGUUGUCUAUGUUGCCAAUGGACCUUGGGAAUAUUGUUGGCAUGGAAGCUGACAUGGACCAAAUAGAACAUCUCUUGGACAUGACGUUUACGACCAGUGAGGUUCGUAUGGUAGGAAUAUGGGGAAUGCCAGGCAUUGGCAAAACAACCAUAGCCAAGAAUCUUUAUGAAAAGCAUAAACACCGUUUCAAGACUCAUCACUGUUUCUUGGAAAAGGUGAGAGGACAGGGUACCUUAGACCUACAUAAACAGCUUCUUUCCGACAUCCUUCGGAAAAAAGAUUUCAAGUCACUGAACCUUGCUCAGGGAGCUUCUUGUAUCAAGUCAAGGCUCGUAAACCUAAAAUCUCUAAUUGUUAUUGAUGACGUGGACGAUGUGAAACAGCUGGAUGCCUUGGCAAAAGAGCCUAGUUGGUUUGGACCAGGGAGCCGAAUCAUCAUAACAACGCGAGACAAGAGCUUGCUCAACUCCUCAUGUGCCCUGUACAAAGUUGAGUGCUUGAAGGAUGAUAAGGGUCUCCAGAUCUUUCAGCGAUAUGCUUUUCUAGACGAAAAACCUAGUGCUGGCUGCUACAACGAUCUUUCAAAGAGGGUCUCUGAGCUUGCUCAAGGUCUUCCCAUCGCCCUUAAGGAUUUCGGCACUUAUCUCGUUAACAAGAAGAAAGAAGAGGAGUGGCAACAUGCUUUGAGAUCAUUUGAGGAAGCUCCUCUCGAGAAAACCAUGGCGGCCUUGAAAAGUAGCUAUGAUGGUUUGGAUAAAGUUGGUAAGAUUGCUUUUCUUCAUGUAGCAUGCCUUUUUAAUGGAGAACCUGUCCAACGAGUCAGGAAACUUCUUCAACAAGGUGAAGUAGGGAUGAAAGUUUUAGAGGAAAAGUCUCUCAUCAAUGUGUCUGUCGAUGAGCAUAUAUCUAUGCACCGUUUGUUCGAGCAGAUGGGGAAACAUAUUGUGCGUCAAGAUUCAGAGAACAGCCCUUCUCAGCAACGUAUCUUGUGGCACCAUGACGACAUCCGUCCAGUACUUGUAACCAAUACAGCUCUGCCACCAUUCCUCUUGUUACCGAUAAACGUCACUAUCUAUCAUAUGCAAUGUUCUAAAAUUUUGUUUAGGCGGAGCUUACGCAUCUGA